UUAUAUCUGCUCUGAUGAACUUGGACCGAACGCGGCGCACUCGGGCGGAGGAGGUUUGAAGUAGCGUUGACAGAGCACUUUCUGCAGUGACCGUUCAGCUUCUUUUUCCCGAACACUGUUGAUCAGAAUCCAAGGGACCCACGUCACUUCAGGUGCCCUACUAUUUUGAAUCCGCCCGUGAUGAGACAUAAGACUACGGCCCAAAUCGGACUGAGCGCACUUUGCUAUUUGGUCGCUUGUGGCGCGAGAUUUCAAUGCAUCAUUGCUGAUACAUGAAGCCACAGAAUCGUUGAAUGCAGCACCUCCUUGAAUGCAACCUAUCAACUCCAGAUGAUCAUCGACAUCAGGUAA